AUGUCCUCCUAUGGACCACUGCUUAGCUCCCGCUGCAGCGAGCCCUGCGAGAUCACCUGCCCGGAGCCCUGCAUCAGCUACUGGAACGAGCCCUGUGUCAGCUCCUGUGGGGACUCCAGAGCCAUUGUCUAUGCCCCACCUGUUGUGGUGACCUUCCCAGGCCCCAUCAUCAGCACCUGCCCUCAGGAAUGCAUUGUGGGAAGCACCAUGGCUGAGGGAGGAGGAAUGGGAGGAGGAGGAGGAGGAGGUGGAGGAAUGGGAGGAGGAGGAGGAAUGGGCUCUGGAGGUGGAGGAAUGGGCUCUGGAGGUGGAGGAUGGGGCUCCAGUGGUGGAGGAAUGGGGGGCUCCUGCGGGGGGGGGUUCUCCCGUUUGGGAGGCUUUUACAGGAACUCCUUAUUUUCAGGCUUUGGGAGGAGUUCCUCCCCCCUCUUCUCCAGGGGCUACUACCGGUACCGCUACGGCAACUACGGCCCCUUCUAG